CACCGCCCUCACCCAGCACCAUGCAACCCAGCAGCAGCUUGGAAGCCGCAACCAGGCCGAUCAUCCCCCCACCGGUCCAUACUCCAGUGGCACCAGCACCAGCACCGGCAGCACCUGCAGCAACGUCGACAAGAACAGAACAGCAGCAAAUGCUUGAUGUUACGGUACCCGUCCUCAUCACCAACCUCGGCCAGGCGGUGCUCCCUCUCACCUCCUUCGCCUACGCGGGAAGACUGACUGACGCGGCUACCUUGGCGGGUCUGGGCCUGGGGGUCAGCGUUAGCAACAUCACCGGGGUGUGUAUCUACUAUGGGAUGGGCACGGGCAUCGAGCUGCUGUGCGCGCAGGCGUUUGGGGCGAAGAACAACCGCCUCGUGGGAGUUGCAUUCGCGCGAGGCACCCUGCUGACGGCAUUCCUGUUCAUCCCGGUGGCAUUCCUCUGGUUUUACAUGGAGAACAUCAUGCUCGCCUUCGGACAACAGGAGAACAUCGCCCACGUCACUGGGACCUUUACCAGGGCGUAUAUGUUGGGAAUGGCCCCGUACGCCGUGUACGAAAAUCUCAAGCGAUGCCUCCAGGCGCAGUCUGUGGUGAUCCCUGUGGCGGUCGUAACCAUCUUAGGCGUCUUCGCUAACGUCGUCUUCCACCACGUCACCAUGGUUGUUCUGGGAAUGGGGGUUUACGGAGCGGGGCUGGCGCUCAGCCUUACCGGGAUGUUCCUGUUGGUGACCUUGAUCUCUUUCACCUGGAUGUUCGGGCUCGGCGCGAGAGGUUGCUGGUCUGGACUCCUUUCCACGGACAUAUUUAAGCACUGGCCUGCGUACCUUGCCAUUUGCAUCCCUGGGUUAACCGGAGUGUUCAUUGAGUGGACUUCGAUUGAGGCUUCUAUAUUCUUUGCGGGGCUCCUAGGGGAGAAGCAACUGGCGACGCAGGUGCUGAUCCUCAGCGCCUACAACAUCGUCUUCCAGUUCGCCCUGUCCAUCAACAUCGGGUCCAGCAUCCGGGUCGGCACCCUCCUGGGUGCCGGGGACUCCGAAGGGGCGCGUAAGGCCGCAUGGUGCGGGGUUCGUCUGGGCCUGAUGGCGGCGGCAGCGGCGGCCCUGGGAUACGGGUUCGGACGCGCCCAGUGGCCCCUUCUCUACGGGGUUUCCGAGGACGUGCUCGGCAUGAUCGUCGACCUUACUCCGAUCUACGUCGCGGGUCAGAUGAUUAACAUGAUGCAGAUUGUGUGCAACGGCAUCCUGAAGGGCAUGGGCUACCAGCGCAUCCAGGCCAUUGCGGCGGGCGUCGGGUUCUGGGUGGUUGGCGUUCCUCUGUCGGCCUUUCUUGGGCUUCAGCUCGGCUUCGGGGUGAAGGGCCUCUGGAUAGGGCUAGCCGUCGGGGAAUUCCCCCUCGUCCUCUUCUACCUUUGCUUACUCAGAUCGGCCGACUGGCAUCAAUGCGCGCUAGACGCCGCAGAGCGGGUCGAUGAAAAUUCUGAGUUCGCCCUGAUCAAGAUGGACCCCCGCAACCUUCCAAGCGACUCCGAUUCUUCCGAGUCUUCGGAUUCUGCUGAUUCCGAUUGCGACAGUGGCGCCGGGGGGAGAGCCGUCCCCAGGUUUCAGGCAGAAGGCGGCUCGGAGGACGAGGAGGAGGCGGGUGGGCUCGAGGAUUUUUACUGUGGAGGCGGUGGGAGGGCUAUCGUCCGGGGAACUAGCGGCGGGGAGAGGGUAAAGACGGACCACACGGGGGAGGAGGUCAAGCUUGCAACGAUGGUACCUUAUCGCCAUCGCGAUCGUGGCGGUAUGUACAUGAUCGUGUGAUGAGGGUGGCGUGGGUACGACGUGCAGCCCGUGGCGCCCGGCCGGUCUCCGACAUUUUUGGACAACAUGCGAUGGAGUGGCGCACGCCAUCAGGUAGAUACGUUUGGUCGAUCUCGUGUGAUAAAUGCUCACGCUACUUGAUAGGGCACGGCCGUAGCCUUAGCGCAUCAAUUUCUGCCGAGCGCUCGAUUGAUCAUGUGAGACAAGCAUCUGUCCGUGUGAUAAUUCGUGCGGAUGAUUGGCGUGUAGCCACCCUUGCUGCCUCGCCCAAUUCAAUGUGGCGAUCGAUCUGGAGCGUUUGAUUGUGAUAGAGAAAUUUGGGGCAUGCAUGCAUGUGUACGGACGAUAGCACCCGCCAGUGAGUUUGUUUUGUUGCUGUGGCGCUGACACGCGUCGCGACGCACUUGAUACGGACACGCUUGGUGCUGCGUCGUGCGUGCCAUUGGACAUCACCGGCGGCCACCAAGGUCGUGAUGAUGAUGUGGAGGCCACCAAAGUGAUGUGGAGUGAAGUGCAUGAAUGAGUUGUUUGGUGCGUGCUUUCCUCUCCCGCGUCGUUUCGUCCCGUCUUGGCAGCUGGAGGAAACGCUGAUAGAAACAUCGUCGUCGCAGAUUUUUGGCGUUUGUUUCAGAUUCUAGACGCUACCCCGCUAGUUUUGUGCCACAAGGUGCCCUGAAUCUGAGUAUGUUCAGUGUUGUCUGUCCAUGUCUACUUUUGCUUCAGUUUUUUUUUGGGAGGGGAUCAUCGCAUAAUUAUUUUCAUUCUUUAAUAUUGUUGCAAUUAAUUUCAUUAGUUUUCUCGUUGGAUAAGUUUUGGCAGCAUAACGUUAUGUAUAGUUUGAGAGUGUUGUAGUAGGUUACUUGAUGUCCACGAAGGCCCGAGGGCCAAGUUCGAGGAGCACGUGGAGAACAGAGUACGAUAAUUGGCUCGUGACAUUUUGGGGGAAAGUGCCCGUCUGUCACACCACACAGCCUUUUCUCAUUGGUAAUGGAUUCAUAGUCUACAGUAGAAUGGCAGCGGGAAAGGCUCCAAAUGUCAAACAAGCACGCUAGGGUUGCUCGUUGGUGCUCUUCUAGCCUAAUGGCGUCCAUUGUGGGGUAUGCUAGAAGUCGUACCAACGGGAGUUUAGCAGUAGCCUUGGCAGGAGCAGCGAAAAUGAGCCAUUUCGAAGAGUUUCAGAAGCCCAAGAAUACCAGGCCUUUAGAGCCACAAGGUUACAAUCAAUCUCAUGUACAAGUAGCUGUUGUUGGCAGGAAAUAUUUGAGAAAGAUUUCUUUCAUCGUUGCCGAUAAAUAAGAAGACGGAUGCAGUUCUCGAGGUCUGCAACUCUUUUUACAGUGGUAUAAACCUCAAAGGCCGGAUAAAUAGCGAGGUGGCACCCCAGCACAAAAUCGAAAGAGCGAGCGCGUGUAGCUGUGUUGUUGUCGGUGGUGGGUGAAAACUCAAGGGUGGGUGGUGAGUGGUUGUGCGUGGUGUUAAGGGAAUUCCGUCAACACUGGUACAGUAGUAGGUAUUUUUUUGUCCCUGACGGUCUUCAUGUUGUGUGGGUGAUGUUGAGUUUGUGAUGGCGACACCCGCUUGCUUGUGUUUCUAGGUUUGUGUGCGUUUGGUGGGUAUUUGUUUUGUUUGUGUGUGAUGCGAGGGGGUUGAUCGGUACUCGGUACGGUAGGUUAGUGUUGUCGAUGCCACGUGUUGUCAUCAUCCGUGGCGCACGGUCGUUGUACGUUGUGUGUGUUUUCGCAGCUCCUCGGUGAUGGGGCUGAUCAUAAUUGUUUACCGUGCAUGACCAGUACGGACAUGAG